CACGCAAGAAAGCAAGAAUCCAUUAGCCGAAAAGAGAUCGAAACUGAUACCGAAUCCAAACCUAAUGCAUCCAUUAAUUGCUACAAUUAAUUAGCGAGUUAACACGGGAUUUAAUCACCCGAAAGCCAGCCCAGAUGGGGAUGAAAGCGUGAAAGAGACGAAGGCAAGAGAAGAUCCACAAUUCCUUACCAUUACAAACGGAUUAUCCUCAUCCUGCUCUCGUUUCAUCUCUCUCGGCCUUUUAAUCUCGAUCGAUCUCUGUGUUUGGUCGGAGAACGGAUUCGGUUAAUGCCUGGGAGUUUGGAGGAGGUUUCGGUAAAUGAAGACGAUAACGACAACGACAAGAAGAAGAAGAAGAAGAAGAAAAAGAAGAGGAGCCGAAAAGGGUACGGAUGCAACGAUGUGAAAUCGGAGGAAGGGGAUGAAUUGGUGAUGCCCUCGUCAUCCAAGCCCAGGAAACGGCUUAGCUUCAAGAUCAGGAGGAAACCCAUUUCGCCAAAGGUGUGUAUUUCGUCUUCUUCCCUUUCUGGGUUAUGGAAAGGUUGUGGCUUUUGUGGAAUGAAGCCUCCCGAGACAAAGGAAUCACCUUCUCCGAUCUCUGACCCUAACGAUGAGAACUUUACUCAUGAGAUGAUGAGAGCAUUGUUGGAGACCGAUGAUUUCUGCUCCAAGGAGUGCAAUCCACACGUUUGAUUGUGAGUUUUUUUGGGGGGUUCUUAUUAUAGCUCAAUAUAUUGUUUCUCUCAAGCUGUACAGAUUUUUUUCCCCAUCGAUUCAUCAAUACCCAUGAGUGCUUGUUGUUGAUUCUCUAA